GACUUUCAUGUUUCGGAGGCUUUACUUAAAUUUUUGUAGUAAACACAGACAACAUGCAAAUAAUAAGCCGUUGAUAUAAAACUAUCUACAUUCUACAUUCAUUUGUACACGCGCAUAUUACUUUCUACAAUAUCAGUUUAAUUGUCAAUAAAACGUGUGAAUGCAUUGAACGGCGGUGGCGGCAGGUCGACAAGCCAGUUGGGCAGCAAAAAAAUUGUUGCGUAUGCACAUUUCCUUAUUGUUUUAAACAAUCAUUUUUGUGCAAAACGUUGUGCAAAAACAUAUGUAGAACUUAUGUCUGAUACAAGUGUGCUAGAAUUAUGUAUCAGAUGUAGUGCGAGCUGCAGUAGCAGGCGCAAGAGAAGAAAGUGAAGUUGGUUAGCUACAACAACAAUAACCACACACAAGCAGACGCUCACCAACACCACCACCACCAUUAGCAACAAGCACCAACAAAGAGCAAACAUCGCAAAAUAUAUAUAUAUACGCGCGUAUAUAUAUUUGUAUAUAGCAGUAACGCACACGCAACGUGCUCACCGCAUACGCAUACACUAAAGCGCUUGCAAUGUCCAAUGGUGACGAUGUGCUAGAUAAUUGGGAAGAAAUUGAUGAGGCUGGCCUUUGCAUGACACUGCAGACAAAACUGCAGACAGACGUCAAGGACGAGACGGACAACAGCAAAUGCACUACGAUUAUUGAACCCGAAUCGGUGACAGGCAAAAUGAAAUUGCUACAACGUCCACAGAGUCUGCAGGAGAAUGGCCCAGCAGCGUCGCCCAAACAGCUGAUGAUUGCCAAAAAGCCAGACAACGACGACGAUGCUACAUCAGCAGCGCCAGUGAUGAUGGUGCUACAUAAAUCCGCCAGUGAGUACGAUGCGGCCACCUAUGCGACGCCCAUCAAUAAUCAAACGGUAAAGAUACUGCGUCGUCCAGCGCAAUCCGAGGAACGACGUGACUCAAAUGGCAUGCGGCCCAAGCAGCCAAUCAAAACGCUGCAACAGCGCGAACAGGAAUAUGCCGAGGCACGUCUGCGCAUAUUGGGCAGUGCCAAAAACCCAGAGGAUGAUAAACCUCCAGCUCCUACAGCUCCAGCUAGCAACAGCACAACGCCUGCGCCCGCGGCGCCUUUAAUAUCCGCUGCCAGCAACAAUAAUGUUAAUAACAAUAACAAUCAUAACGCCAAUGGACCGACUUCUGGUCAAGGCCAGGGUCCAGGCAUGCAUCGUUCCAGCUCGGCACCGAAAAUGUCGCAAACAGCGCCCAUGUACAACAACUACAAUAAUUACUAUCCAGCUCCACCAACGCCAGCCGCCAUGGGCUACUUUUAUCAGCAGCAGCAGCAACAACAACAACAACAGCAGUUGCCGCCUGCGCACUAUAAUCCACGCUUGCCGCAAUAUGUGCCAGCGCCACCUAAUGCCAAUCCUCAGCAGAGCUGGUCGCCUGUUGUCGGCGGCAGCGUAUCCGCGGCGUUGCUACGUCAGCAAUCAUUGCAGACGCCACAGCAACAACAACAUCCACAGCAGCAACACCUUCUUCCGCAUCCACAACAGCAGCAACAAUAUGGUUUGCCCUACAACGACAGCAUAUUGCGUUUGCCGCGUGGUCCUUGUCCCAAUGGCACCAUUGGGUUUCAAAUGCGGCGGUAACAGGCUCCUUGAAUUGUUCAAUCAACAAAUGCAAAAUUGAUGUGAAUGAUAUGAAUGCAUUCGAAAUUAUCAGCCAGCGAGAUUGCAUCAGUUAUUCAUUUGCUUUAUAUGUGUAUAUUUAUUCAACUUUUUACAUAUACAAGUA